GCAGCGAGUCCAACAGCAGCAGAGACAGAGAGAGAUCAACCUCAUGGCCUACCAUGGGGCGUGCAGUUACCCGUCCUCCAUGUUUGACCUCAGUUUCCUCGCCUCACUUAAACUGCCAUCCUAUGAGGAAGUAGCAGCUCAGCCCAGCACCCCCCCCCCCUCCCUACAGCUCCGUGGCCUACCCACGAGGCUCCGCCCACCCGGGCCCGAGUCACAUGAUGUCAUCCCAGAGCUCCGACAACUACACCAGCUGCUCAUGUGACUCCUGCUGUCCGUCAUCACCCUGUAGCUCCUCCCCCUCGUCAGCCCAACUCACGGAUGAGACCGACACAAGCCACGCCUCCACGCCCUCCCUCAGCGAGUCUGGCCACGCCCACGCCGCAGUCAUGCACAACGAGAGCGUUCCAUUUAACGACAGUGGCCAAUCACCGAUCGAGGUCGUGCAGGCGGAGCUUCCAUGCUCCAAGGGGGCGGGGCUUCCAUGCUCCGCCCCCUUGGAUUGCAAUGGGAACACGAAACCGGUGAAGAACCUCAACACUAGUAGCACAGAUAACGUUACUGACAUAUUAGAUGCAUGCCAAACCAUUAAUACUAACAAUAUCUGUGAUGCAAACAAUACUAACAGCCCGACGUCGAAGAAUAUCACCAGCGUUUCGAUCUCGUCCUCUUCGUCUCUGCACCUGUUCUCGAUCUCCGAUCCGCUUGGCGUUCGUCCCGAGCAGAAGAGGGAGGAGCCUGUAGCUCCGCCCCCUCAAUCUCCGCCCAGAUCCGCUGUGUUUUCUCCCGGCGUCGAACCCGAGCGCCGCGACUCCGCCGUGAGCGACCUGGACGUCGACCAAACGCACUUCCAGCAGCGACGGCUGACUGGCGACUCUGGCAUCGAGGUUUGCCGUUGCCGGGUGGAACCUGAAGAAGAGGAUGACGAGGAGGAGGAAGAAGGAGGACACUUACCGGUAGAGUCGGCCAUUGGGACGGAUGACACUCUUCUUCAUGAUAGUCCAGAUUGUUCGGCCAGAGCCAGACAGAUGCCAGGCGAUGGGAAAGAGGCGUGGCCUGUCUCAUCUGUGACUCCGCCCUCUGACACGGUCGUCAUUGCAAUGGAAACCGACUGACCGAGUGCAUAAAUGAGUGUGAGACUGUAGAUCUUAAAAUCAGUGACGCUCUGUGAGAGCAACUGUACAGACUGACAUUAGAAGGUCACACACUACCGUAAAUUUUGGAAUAACUAAGAUCAAAUCAGCAACAAAAUAAAUCAUGUGACUGAAGACUGAUGCUAAAAAUUCAGCUUUGAUCACAGAAAUAAAUUACAAUUUACUAUAUAUUCACAUAGAAAACAGCUGAUUUAAUUUCUAAAAAUAUUUCACAAUUUUUACUGUUUUUUUUUGGGG